AUAGAUGAUACCAUUAUCAGACCUCUUGAGUCUCAGGCCAUCCGGCGGCUAUACCCACAAAACUUUGAUCAUCGAAGAGAAUUGAAAAAGCUUAAUCAUUCUAUAUUAGUCAAUUUUCUUGACCUGUUGGACAUCCUCAUCAAGUGUCCAGAUUCAACAAAACGGACAGACAAGAUAGAGGACAUCAACAUCCUCUUCAUCAAUAUGCAUCACUUGAUCAAUGAGUUCCGACCUCACCAAGCUCGUGAGACAGUGAGGGUAAUGUUGGAAAUGCAGGAGCGACAGAGACGUCAGGUUGCAGAACGUCUUGAAAGACAAGAAGAUGAUGUAAGAAGAUUGGUGAGAGAAGCCCUUGCCUCCUUACCAGAUAAUUUAGAGUUAGAUUCAAGGCUAUUAGUACCUACUCCUGAGGAACUGCAGCUGAGGCCAAAGACAGAUGCAAACAGCAGUGCAGAAGAUAAAUGUUCCAGCUUAGAUAGACUUAUGUGCAAUAUUGUUGAUGCAUUGUAGAGGUCAGAGUUAAAGUGAAUUUUAUACAUCAUUCAUUAUGGAAGUCAUAUAAGUGAAACCUGACAACUGUGCCACAAAAGUUUAUGGUGAAUAUUUGGCUCCUAUAGUGGUAAAAUGAAUAUUUGACUCCUAUAGUGGUAAAAUGAUUUUUGUAAUGCAUAGUAUAUCUUUUAAGGUGGUGAAAUAAGAAAUAGAACCCCUUUUAUAAAUUUAUAAGUAACAAUAUACAAAUAUGCUAUCAAGUGUUUUGAAGAGGAAUAUGACAAUAAGUGGACCUUUUUACACAAAAGACUGGUGGUAUAGAAUUAAGAAAGGAUCAUAACUGUUACUUAGAAUAAAAUGUAUGUUUUCUG